UCAGACACCACAGAUACAGAUACUGAAUUAUCUGACGCAGAGGGCAUGAAAAUAGUUAAUGGGGUUGCUACAACAAAGCCAGAGAGGAGGGCAGACAAGACCCGGCUCUAUAACUUCACUAAAGUAAAGAAAAGUAGAAAAUGGUUAAAGAACAUCUUGUUAAGUGAUAGUUCGUCUGAUGAGGACGAUGAUGAAAUGACUCCUGAAAAAAUGCAAGAAAUGCUCAGAAUACACAAACUACAGAGACAGUGCCAGAUACAGUUUUACAAUGACCCACAGUUACAUCAGUAUCAGUAUUAUAGUGUGGGGUUACUGUCUAACUACGACAAAUAUCAUGACCACCACAAGCAGAUUCUUGGGCCUAAAAAGAAGGGACCUAAAGAUGAACAGAAAAAAUUAGAGAAAAAGCUUAUGAAAGCCAAGCUGAAGAAGCUAAAGAAAGAAAGAGGGUCAGAUGAACUUAAGAGUCCUCCUAUUCACCACUCCACCCAUACUCUGAAGGUGGUCAAGGUGAAGAGACUAACACCAGAGCAAGCAUUGGUGAAGAGAAAAAGAAUGUGGAUGAGCAUAGUGAAGAAAGAAGUUCCUAAGGCUCAGAAACAAAGGACAUCAACACGUAAAGAAAUGUUUUCAAAUGCGAGGAAGCUAGCAAAAGAAUGCAUGAAAGAGAGCCGUAGGAAAGCACUGCAGUUCCAGCGUAGCACUAAAGAUAGUUUACAGAGAGCACGUCGGCUAACUAGGGAGAUGUUAGUCUACUGGAAGAGAUUUGAAAAAGUGGAGAAAGAGUCUCGUAAAAAGGCAGAAAAAGAAGCCCAAGAACAGAGGAAAAUGGAUUUGGAGUUAAUGGAGGCAAAAAGGCAGCAAAGGAAGUUGAAUUUCUUAAUCACCCAGACAGAACUGUAUGCCCAUUUCAUGAGUCGCAAGGUAGCAGGAGGUAAUGACACAAUGCAGAAAGAGAUUUUACAGAGAUUGGAUGAUGAUGACGGAGACUCCAAGCGCCAUCUGGAGGUAUCUGGUGGAUUGGUUACGGAUAUGAAGGGAGACAAUUACAAUAGUGAAUCUAUGAAAAACAUAGCCGUAAAGAAUGCUACAGAUGCUUUCCAAGCUCACCAGGCAAAAACCAAGUCAUUUGAUAGUGGUGUUGUGAUGAGACAGAAAGCCAAAAAAUCAUUGGACUCUAGCCUGUCAACACCAGACCUCACUAUGGAGGAAGAGUUGCCACAGCCUAGUAUAUUUGAAGGCAAAUUGAAGGCUUAUCAGUUGAAGGGCAUGAACUGGUUGGCAAGUCUUUACAAUAAAGGCAUCAAUGGUAUAUUGGCAGAUGAGAUGGGACUGGGAAAGACAGUUCAGAGCAUUGCACUUCUCUCUCAUUUGGCUGAGCACCAUGGCAUUUGGGGGCCUUUCCUUGUGAUUGCCCCUGCAUCCACCCUACACAAUUGGCAGCAGGAAUUCUCCAAGUUUUUGCCAAGAUUCAAGGUAAUUUCACUGAAGUGCUACAAGAAAGUAAGCCACAGUUAUGAUCUUCCAACCCAGCAAGGCAGUGCUUUUGAUAAAUUUGAGCGAGGUGCUUGA